GGAGGAGAUUCGUUACUAGGUUUUAUUCUCAUAUGCUUAACCGUUGACUUAUGCCUUUAGAGGGGGAUAUUCGUUACUAGGUACUCGAGGUUGCACAACGCCAGGACCAGAAAGCUGCUGCUGCAAAUCAACCUACAACCUCCGCUCUCCAAAAUAAGCAUCCGAAUAAUGACAACAAAAACUUGACCUUGGCCGAGGCGGCGGCUAAACCUAGCAAGAUUGGCGACAACAGUCCGAGGAAGCCGGCGCGAAGUCGUCAGCAGCCGCAGCUUCGGGUGGCAAAAUCGUGUCUGGUGGCGACUCUAGUUCGUUCAGUGUUGUGGUUGCCGUAUAUCAUUCAUCUGGUCAGACUUGCAGCAAUGAAAGCAUUCGACAUAAAGCAGGAAGGGGACAUAUCCAGCAUGGAGCGGGCAGCCCACUACAUAUUGCCAGAAAUGACCAUGAUAGCUUCAUGUACGAACCCUUUCGUAUUUAUACUAAUGUCCCCUCCUCUCAAAAAACGUCUCGGCUCUCUUUGCGAAUGCGUCAAAAAAUACGCCUGCUGUACAUUUUUAUGUGAGAAUAAAUGUUGCUGCGUCGAAAACAAAGCCGACAACGAAGAAAGAGGAGCAGAACAAGCGAUGGAACUGGACGGCGAUGCUCCUGCACCAGUCAAUGCGAACGGAGUCGUUUCCGGAACCGGUGCCGAUCCGAACGGAGCCAAGAAGACUGCUGCAGCAAAUGCUACUGAUUCGCAUGUUUAAAAUUUAUUAAGAUUUGAAAAUCCAUCAACAGCUUUCAAAAAAUACUGGAAAUUUGAAUAAACCUUUUAUUUGAAUAAAUCAUUUAUUUAAAUC